UCCGCCACCUUGCAAUCAUGCAAUAUUUUCAGCACUGUUUUACUCUCUCUACCCUCUACUUUUCAUUCGUCCUAUCCUAUACACCUUUUCUCCAUUUCCCGGCGUUAUCUGAACCUCCUCUCUCUCCAAAAGCUUUAACACGCUCUCUCUCUCUCUCUCUCUCUCUCUCUCCUUCGCACAUUUCUCAUGUUUUAUUAGUAUAAAUUAACAACACCAAAUUCAAAACAGUCACAGCUUUCUCUCUCUAAAUGGGUCAGUUUUGGGCUCUUGUUUUCACUGUUCUUUUGCUCUGUUUCUGUGCCAUCUCCACCAAUGUCGACGACACCCAAUUCCAAAGCUAUAUUGUCAGAGUCCGAAACGACUUGAAACCAUCUGGGUUUUCCGUUGUGGAGGAUUGGUACAGUUCCACCAUUACAAGUCUCAGUUCAUACCAAUUAGACUCGAAAAAGUCCGAAACCACCCUGGGAGAAAAAAAGAGAGAUUUCAUUCAUCUAUACAAGACUGUUUUUCACGGUUUCGCUGCGAGACUCACAACAGAGCAAGCUGAAGAAUUAGCCGAACGCCCAGAAAUUCUCAGGAUCUUACCAGACCGAGUUCAUCAAAUUCGGACGACUCGGUCACCUGAAUUCCUAGGACUCUCGGCCAAGAACCCGACCGGAUUACUAACCGAGUCCGAUUCGGGUUCCAACGUCAUCAUCGGAGUAUUCGACACUGGCAUAUCCCCAGAACGACGUAGUUUUCAUGACGAAGGUCUCGGACCCGUGCCUUCUCAUUGGAAAGGAGAGUGCAUUGUGGGAGACAAAUUCACAAAAAUAUCGUGCAACAAAAAGGUAAUUGGAGCACGGUAUUUCAUCGAUGGGUACGAAGCCAGUAUGGGAGCAGUGGACCUCACCACUGACAUCAAGUCUCCACGAGACAGCGAUGGACACGGCACUCACACUGCGUCCACCGCAGCCGGGAGGGAGGUCGCCAACGCCUCCCUGUUCGGCUUUGCGAAAGGCGUCGCGAUGGGAAUUGCACCCAAAGCAAGAAUCGCCGUGUACAAGAUUUGUUGGAAGAGAGGUUGCUUAGAUUCUGACAUACUCGCUGCCUUCGACAAAGCUGUAGACGAUGGUGUUAACAUCAUAUCCCUCUCCAUCGGCGGCGAUGGCGGAGUGCCCUAUAACAUGGAUCCGAUCGCCAUAGGAUCGUUCGGUGCGAUGGCGAAAGGAGUCUUUGUCUCGGCCUCCGCUGGUAACAGCGGCCCUCAGAGAAUGUCGGUGACGAACGUUGCUCCGUGGGUGACUACUGUCGGUGCGAGCACAAUUGACCGGAAGUUCCCUGCUGAUCUUUUGUUACAAGAUGGUACGGUGAUCACCGGUGAGUCACUUUACAAUGGCAAACCGUUUAGUAAAAAGACUUAUUUGCCCCUCGUUUACGCUGCAAAUGUCUCCAACGGCAAUCAGAUAAUUGGCUUCCCUUCUCCGGCUGGCCAAUGCAUGCCAGGCUCGCUGCACAAAAAUCUCAUACGUGGCAAGAUCGUGGUGUGUGAUAGAGGUGGUGUUCCACGUGUCGCCAAGGGAGAGGCUGUGAGAAUAGCUGGUGGGGUUGGGAUGAUCGUCGAAAACAUGUCGCCCGUGGGAGAAGGUUUGGUCGCUGACGCACACUUAAUCCCGGCCUUGGCGAUUACCGAGUCAGCCGGUAACAAAGUUCGUGCUUAUAUAACCUCCUCGAAGAACGCCAAGGCCACCAUAGCCUUUCAUGAGACCCAAGUCGGGGUCGAACCGGCACCAGUCGUUGCCUCUUUCUCCUCAAGAGGGCCAAGUUCUGAAUCCAUGUAUCUUCUCAAGCCCGACGUGAUUGCGCCAGGUGUCGACAUCUUAGCGGCUUGGCCUAACACUCUGGGGCCGUCAGAAUUAUCCUAUGAUACGAGGCGCACCGAAUUCAAUAUACUCUCAGGCACAUCAAUGUCAUGCCCGCACGUGUCUGGCAUAGCGGCUUUACUUAAAGGGGCCCACCCUGACUGGUCACCGGCUAUGAUCCGGUCAUCUCUCAUGACCACUGCAUACAUGCAAGAUCAAAAUGGGAAUCCAUUGUUGGAUGAGAGAAACAACAAUGUAUCAGACGUGUGGGGCACCGGCGCAGGACAUGUGGACCCCGAGAAGGCCGUCAAUCCCGGUCUGGUUUAUGAUCUAACGCUGAAUGAUUACUUGAACUUUCUCUGUGCCUCCUAUUACAAUGAGCAGGACAUACAACAUAUAACAAAUAAAUCAAUAAGUUGUAAUAAGAAGCAACACAAGCCGUGGGAACUCAACUACCCUGCAAUCACUGUUGCUUUCGAUAUGUCACCAAAAUCGUCGAAAUUUGAAGUUGCUGUUACGAGAACAGCAACUCUGGUCGGUGAUGGUGGUGGGUUAGAAGCAACUUAUACCGUAAUUGUUACCGCACCAAGAGGUGCAAAGGUAACGGUUGAUCCUCCAAAGAUGGAGUUUAAAGAGAAAGAUCAAAAGCAGAGCUAUGUGGUUCGGAUUGUGGCAGAGAAGAAGCCUCCUGGCUUAGUGUAUACUGAGCUGGGUAAGUUGACAUGGACGGAUGGCAAACACCAAGUCACUUCACCUAUAGUGGUGAUGUGGCAGGACUAAUCGUAGAGUUUUCAACCCAUACACAUUAUAUUGUGUACAUUUUCUUUGUUGUAAGGUUUCAUGUACCAUAGUCAAUAUAAUUCAGGGAAAUUAAAAAAUGUGAAAGCCUUGUGUGUGUACCACAUAAUGGUGAUUGCAAGACAAAGCCGCCAACAACAACAAUAAC